AUGCAGAGAAAGGAACUGUUUUGAGACUUACAGCCCCUCCCCUCUCCUCUCCGGGAACGCGCCAACAGCAGCAAUGGCAGUAUAACGGCGUGCAGCGGCCCAAGCAGCAGCGGCAAAAACGGCAGUGCAGCGGCGAAUUGCACUGGCAUUUUAUUCGGCAAACAUGGCGUCCCACGUGGCAUUCCUCAGCAUUGCUGCUGUCGACAGCAUAGAAGAUCGGCUCGACUCCUUCUUGUUAGAUUAUUUGUACCCCUUCCAAACUUUGACCCACUCCAAUGACGACUGCAAUGAGCUCCUUGUCCUUAGACCUGCCCUUCUUGGACCAGUCAUUUCUGACGGCUGACUUGGGGCAGGGGCUGGGGGACUUCCUCCUCAAUGACUACGAACCACAUCUGGAUGGGGCCAGCUUGUCCCCCUCAUCCAUUUCCACCCCUUUCUGUCACACUAAAAAGCAAGUGAGCGAUGAUCCGACUGCCCUCCAAUGGUUACUUGAAAGUCCCAUGCCUCACAGUGACAGCAAAGCAGAUUCACUCUGUGACAUGGAUUGGAUGACUGAACAGAUGAAUCUGAAUGAGUUCGACUUGGAUUUCCUUGUGGGAUCCUGUGAUUUGGAGGGUUCCAGUAGCUCCCCAGAAGAGCUUAUUGCCUCACUUGACCCCUGUAACUUGGACCUGGGAGAACUACCACUCCAUCCUCCAGUCUCAUUAAUGUCUCCUGCCAGCAGUGACAGUAUUUCAGAAGAGACUGUACCUCCUGUUGAAUUGGUACAAGAAAUGUUAAAUGUGGAAGAGCUUGAAACUCCACUGUGUAUUUCUGAGCCUAUAACUGGCCUGAAUGAGAUUGGAGAGGAUAUUGUGGUGGUUCUCUCAGUACCAGAAGUAAAAUGCGAACCUACUUCUCCUAUAUCUUUCGUGUCAGAAAGUAAUCAUCUAGAGAGUGAAACUAUUUUAGUCUAUUCCUCUCCCUCUCCCCCUUUUAAGGAAGAGGUGGAAAUAACUGAUGAUGGCGAUAGUGGCAUAGGAUCUAAUUGUGGUUCACCACCAGGCAGCCUUAGCCCCAACAACCCCCCCAGCCCAAUGAAUUUGGAAUCUGAAUCUACCAUGGUGGUGGUAAGUGUGGUUGGCUUCUCUCGGGCCAAGCCUUAUGCUCGCCCCCCUGUUAAGGCAGAGAAGCCUCACGCAGCGAAAUUAAAGUCCGCUUCUUCAGAGCCUAGAGUGGUGGAAAAAAAGAUAAAAAAGAUGCAACAAAACAAAACUGCAGCCACCAGGUAUCGUCAAAAGAAACGGGCAGAGAAUGAAACACUGCAGUCAGAAUGUGCAGAAUUAGAAACGAAGAACAAGAUUUUGGUAGAGAAGGUAGAAUCAAUCACUAAGGAAAUUCAGUAUCUUAAGGAUUUGAUAGAGGAAGUUCGCAGUGCAAAAAAGAGAAAACAAAGCACCCUUUAGUGUAGGCCUGUAUUCAGUGUCUUGUCCAGUCCACUUUUCACCCAGCCCCAUUUAGCUUGCUUUUGUUAGUCCUUGAGUCAUCAGACUUGCUGAGAUUAUAGUUCAACUUCUACAAUCUCCAAUAUUAAAUUUGGUUGUAUAUAUUUCUGUGCUUGUAUAAAUACGCAUUUACCUCCCCUCUAAUGUUCUUGGUUUUUAUUUAGACUUCAUCAGCUUUACUGAGUUCAAUAGAAGAUAAUUUAUUGUUACAGCUUGUUCCUUUUUUUAAGACCUAAAUAAAAUUGAAAUUUAGCAAUG